CAGCAGUCAGCUGUGUCACUGCACAGAACAAGGGGAGGCUUGGGGGUCUUGUGUGUAACCUUGUGUGAGCUGAACAGCAAGAAGUGAAGAACUGUGAAGAUUACAUGAGAAGUUCAAAUCAAUACAAUGCACAGUGCAAAUCAACCUAACAGCAUUGUCAUAUAACAGCCCUGAAAAGAAGUGCACCAAAUCCUAACUGUGCCUUCUUCUGAAGCAAAGGGCUGGAAAUGUUGGAUAUUUCUUGAAGGUGACAGAAGUCCUAUAAUAAUGAGCGCACCUGCUGCCACUGGUGUUUUUGUAUGGUCUCUGACAGCCAUACCUAUCACUUAUCUCUUCAACUAUGUGGCUACAGCUCAUAGUUCCUGGCUGGUUGCUGUUGCUGGUGCUGGGGUUUUAAUGUUGAUAGCCUUGUUAUCAUGUCUAUUGGUCAUUCAGAAACCACCCAAAGAUCCUUUGUUUUAUGUAUUUGCCGUGUUUGCUUUUACCAGUGUCGUGGGGCUUAUCAUUGGACUGGAACAGGAUGGAAUCAUUGACGGAUUCAUGAGCCUUUAUUUAAAAGAGGCUGAGCCUUACUUGAAUACAGCACAUGGUCACAUGAUCUGUUACUGGGAUGGCACUGCACAUUACCUGAUGUAUCUCCUUAUGGUGGCAGCGAUCGCUUGGGAUCAGAACUACAGGAUGAUCGGCCUCUACUGGGUGGGAUCCAUUAUAAUGAGUAUGAUUGUGUUUGUUCCUGGAAGCAUUGUGGGUAAAUAUGGAACACGAUUAUGUCCAGCAUUUUUCUUGAACCUACCAUAUAUUUGUCUCCCAUUAUGGGCUGGAUUCAGGAUCUACAAACAGCCAUCUAUCAUUCCUAACCCAUCUAUAAAGGUCAUACAAAAUGUUCAGCAAAAAAACAUAUUAAAGAGACCAUCUGACCUCCUAUUGGCUGUGUAUCUUAUUGCUGCCACUGCCUUCUGUAUAUUCCGAGGAUUGGUUGCCUUAGACUGUCCUUCUGAUCCUUGUCGAUUUUAUAUACAACUUCAAGAACCUUACAUUAAAGAUCCUGCUGCUUACCCAAAACUCCAGAUGUUGGUGUAUAUGUUUUACUGUAUCCCAUACAAUAUGCUCAUUCUGUAUGGUCUCCUCGUUCCUGGAUGUACGUGGAUGCCAGACCUUACUCUUAUCCAUGCUGGUGGAUUGGCUCAGGCGCAGUUCUCUCACAUUGGUGCUUCACUUCAUGCAAGGACUCCUUAUAUCUACAGAGUUCCUACGGAGGCUAAGCUUGUGGUUUUAAUCACAAAUAUGCUUUUUGGGAUAGUUCCGCAGCUACUAGCCCAUCGAUGUAUAAGUAAGCCAGAUUUUUUUGUGAAGAAGAGACCAGGGGCCAAAGUUGAAUAAAAGGUAAAAACUACCACCUUAUAAAGUGUACGUCCUGCAAGAAGAGGAUGACAUCCUUGAUAUCUGUGCACUGUAUAUAUGGACGUUUCUUUCUGUGCUAAGACUGCAAAAUCUUCUGUAAGCCUUCAGCACUUUGCUUUAAGUAGUUUGGCGCAACAACCAUAUGUUAAGUAGAUCAAUGGACAAAGUAUGCUGUAAAAAAACAUAAUCCAGGCACAGUACUAGAAUGAUAAUGGAUUACUCAGAGCAAGGACUACAUAGUGUCAUUUUAUGAAAUGGCUGAUUUACAAUAUAGUAGUGUUACACCAGGAGGAUACAAAGUACCAAUCUCACAUAGUACAGUAAGUAUGCGGCCCGUUUACCGGGUAUGGUAUGGCUGACCGGCGGUCAGGAGACCGCUGGUCAGCGUACUGACGCCGGGAUCCCGGCGGGGAGGGGUGAGUGCAGCAAGUCCCUUGCGGGCUCGCUGCACUCGCCACGCUGCGGGUUCGGUGGCGACCGAGUGGAAAUAGUCCCUGUUGGUCGGCAUGCCGACUGUCGGGAUAGUGAGGGGGCGGGAUGUUGGUGGAGGUCAUGUGACCGUCGGUCUCCCGACCACCGGUCACAUGAAUAACACCCCGUUUACCAAUCUGACAAUUAUAACAACUCUCAAUAUGUGACCUCCUGUGAUAAGAAAGCAUUUAGUAAAAAAAAUGUUCUAUCAUGUUUAUUAUUGUAUUAUACAGAUUCUAGACAUCUGUUACCACAAACAUCAAAAUAAUAUUUAACCAUAAACAUUGUCUAUAAUAAUAACCAACAGCAGUUUACAUAAAUUUUUUGUUUUAAUAUUCGCGUUACAUAUAUUGUAAAUUAAGUCAACUGUGACCUUUUUUAUUCCUUACAAUCUUUUAACCUUAUUUCUGACACACAUCUGAAGUGUCCAUUAUGUUAAAACAGCAAUACAAACUUUAUAUGUGAUGUGUUUCAACUACAACAUUGGCAAUGCUAAAGAUGUUUUAGAGAAUGAGCAGAACGAAUACAGAGAAAAUGUUUUCACCGAAAAAAAAAUGCAAUAAAAUAAAUAAAAUCUAUUCUCACAAUAGCAACAGUAUUGUCCACAAGAAAAUACAUUCUGGAAUGACUAUUUAUUAGUAUUGUAAAUACAAUUUUUGGGUAAAAGAAAAAUCCUAUCAUUCUCCCUAAGCCCAUACAUUGUCAGGUGAGGAUCAAAUCUAAUAACAACAGUAACUUUUACAUUUGGAAAGGCUAACAAUCUUCAUGGUUAUGUCCCAUCCCCUGUUCUUGAACUGUAUCUCCCAAACUCCUUAUCAAGUUCUCGGUCACAAGUGUGAUGAUAUCUCAGCUGAAGUUCAACACAGUGAGAGGGCUGCAGUUAGGGAGGCCAAUCCCGGGCCAUUUUUUCUAUCCCGGGUAUCGGGAGGCGGCGGGUGAAUACCGCCGUACCUUCCUGCUCUGCGGCUGCUGACAGCGCAGCGUGACCUCACAGGCACAGGUCACGCUGCGCAGGGGGAGCCGAAAGGCGGGAGCCGGGCAGCGUCUGAGCGUCAUGAGGACGCUCAACGCUGAUCCCUCAAUCCCCGGGAUUGGAGCUUCCAAUCCCGGCAUUGAAUCCCGGCCGUUUUGGGGCCUAAAUCCCGGGAUCCCGCUGAUCCCGAGAUUGGCCUCCCUAGCUGCAGUGAAGAUGAGAGUACUGAGAGAUCACGUGAGACAAUGUACUAACGUGAAGCAAAUUCAGAUUUAAUGAGCCAUGUCUCAUAAAAAAACCUCUCUGUAUAGCAUGGGCUUCAUUAACCACUUGCCUGGCUCGGUCACAUCAGAUGCAAUCAUGUCAGGCUGGGCUUUUCUUGACAUGGUCACAUCUGAUGUGACCAGUCAAAAAUGCCCACUGGGGGUUGGCGGAAGAUAAUCUUCCAGCAGCUGCCAAUCUCAACGAAACCUCUACCUUCCCCUGCACCCAUGGCUAAUCCCCUAGUGUGUCCCGAUAAAUGCUGGCCAUAGUGAUCAGGCAGCCCGGCGACACCCCUCCUGCGGGCUUCAGUCAGUACAGAUGAGUGUGCAUUAACGUGGUUGCCGCAGAACAAUGUGUUCAGAUCAAUGAUGGCCACAGUGAUCGGGCAAUCAGGUGUGUGUGUAUAUGUGGGCGUGUUAUAUAUAUAUAUAUAUAUAUAUAUAUAU